CGUCAGGCGCCGCGCGGGGUCGGCGCGGGGUCGGCGGGCCCGGGCGCAGCGCAGGAUGUACACGCUGCUGUCCGGCCUGUACAAGUACAUGUUCCAGAAGGACGAGUACUGCAUCCUGAUCCUGGGCCUGGACAAUGCCGGCAAGACGACCUUCCUGGAGCAGUCGAAGACCCGCUUUAGCAAGAACUACAAGGGGAUGAGCCUGAGCAAGAUCACCACCACCGUGGGCCUCAACAUCGGCACCGUGGACGUGGGGAAAGCUCGCCUCAUGUUCUGGGACCUGGGCGGCCAGGAGGAGCUGCAGUCCUUGUGGGACAAGUACUACGCGGAGUGCCAUGGAGUCAUCUACGUCAUCGACUCCACCGAUGAGGGGAGGCUGUCAGAGUCCAAGCAGGCGUUUGAGAAAGUGGUCACAAGUGAGGCGCUGGACGGUGUCCCUGUCCUGGUGCUGGCUAACAAGCAGGAUGUGGAGCCUUGCCUCUCCAUCCCUGACAUCAAGACGGCCUUCAGUGACUGCACCUGCAAGAUUGGCAGGCGCGACUGUCUGACCCAGGCCUGCUCGGCCCUCACGGGCAAAGGCGUGCGUGAAGGCAUCGAGUGGAUGGUGAAGUGCGUUGUGCGGAACGUCCAUCGGCCACCGCGGCAGAGGGACAUCACAUAGGCUUGGCUGCCCGCGUCCCGGACACCCUGGCCCCUGGGCCGCCCGCUGUGGCGGGGCCUUGCUGCCCUUCCCUCUGUGCUGUUUUCUCUAAGACAAACGUUGCUGGACACCCAGGCUUCGCUGCAGGGAGGGGCUGCUGUGGGGAGGGGCCGCUGGCACCGAGGGCGCCCUGGGCAGGGGUCUGGAUGGAAAUGGGGCAGGAGGCAGUGAGUGUGGCCACGGCCUCUGCCCAGGAUCCUGCAGGUGGACUGGGGUCUGGGCCGGCCUGCUGGAGUCCUGGGCUCUGACGCAGCCUCGGGAUGGACAGGGCCAGGAGACCUUGCUCGCUCCGUCACCUCAUCUGAGCCCGGGGCAGUGGAAAGUGGUCAGUGCCCUUGCCCCUUUCCACAGUGGGGGUGCAGCUCCCAGGGACACAUCCCUCCCUUGGCCAGGCCUGGGUGGGGCAGCUUGGACACAAGGUGUCUGGCCAGGGUUGGUGGCAGGGGCUGCCGUAAGCCCCCACAGAGCGCAGGCCCUGCAAGUGAGGCUGGUCCUCCCCACGUGGACCCCUGGAGCUGGGAGCGCCCAGUGCAGGUCAGGUGGCGUGUGGAAUAAAGAUGUCUGACUGGCUCCUGCAGGCAGCCAAGGGGUGAGAGCUGGUGUGGGCAGCUUCUUGUCCCAGGGUCGCUGCAGGGGACCCGUCCCCCCAUGAGUCACGCCAGGGGUGGCUGUGCUCAGUGGUGGGGCUGAGGCCGUGACCGCUGAGAGCAGGGCUGGGUGCUGCCCCUGCCACCGGCUGGCCGUCCCCAGCAACCCUGCACAGAGCCUGUCAGCCACCUUCACGAAGUGUCGCAGAACAGAGUGACAGGGAACAAACACUGGCAAGUUCGCUUUGGUGCAGCAGCUGUGCGUGUGAAUUAACGAGGUGUGGCAGCGGCGGCCUCAGCACACGGGGAAGCAGGCAGCGUGGCCAGUGAAGUGCCCACAGCAGCGGCCACCACUGUCCCAUCUCCCCCCUCCAGGAGCUGCUGCUGCAGCGGCUCCUGCAGAGCCACGUGGCCUGCACCAGGGCACUGAGCCGACCCAGGCCUGCUGUGGGCACUGCCGCCUCCUGGAGGUGGCCUGGAGAGCCACAAAGCCCACGACAGCGUGCUCACACUCCUUGGUCCCAGCCAGGCACACACAGGCACAUGAGCCCAGUGGGCAGCUGCAGGGCCUUGGGCUGGGGGAGGCUGGGGCUCAGGUACUGCAAGGGGGACCCACAGGGGGGCUGGGCUAGGGGGUCUGCCAGUUGGCGCUCCUUAAUGUGCCUGGGAAAGCCACGGAAAAUGGUCAAGUGCUUGGGUCUCUGCCAGCGUGUGGGAGACCAGGGUGGACUUCCUGCCUCCUGGCUCUUGUGGUCAUUUGGGAAUUGAACCAGCAGAACAAAGAGCUUUCUCCCUA